UUGACCUGGGGGCUGGCUAACAAUGCUUGGUGUGUCUCCAAUCUCCAUUUGCUCCGAUUCGAAACGCAAACGCGAUGGGAAGGUUUACGUUUGAUGCAGUCGUCUCCUUGUUCGUUACGGUGCACCCGCACGAGACCUCUGCUUUGCUCCAUUCCUUCUUCUGCUUCUUCUUCAUUUUGAGUGCGUAUUUCGUAGUUCUUCCGUUGCGCGAUGAGGGUGCCAUCUCAUUGGGGUUAUCAAAUCUGCCGGGUCUAUUUGUGGGGUCCCUGGUGCUCACCCUCAUUGCUGCACCCUUUUCUUCUCUCAUAUUCUCUCUACCUAACCUUUCCAAAGGCAAGGCUUUGUUUUUGAUACACAGGUUCUUUAGUGUAUCCCUCAUAUUGUUCUUUAUUCUAUGGCACUCUUCAUCAGCUGGAUAUUCAAAGUCCAAUAUCACAGGAUCCACACCUUUGACCUUUCCCUCAAAGGAAGAAGGGAAAAUUGGUGCCCAUGGUAGUCUUACAUCUUCAUUUGGUUGGGAUAACCAUGGAUGGUUCUAUAUUUCUGUCCGGAUAGGAUUGUUUCUUUGGGUUGCUUUGCUUAAUCUAAUUACAAUUUCUUCAACUUGGGCAAGGGUAACUGAUGUGAUGGACAGUGAGUCAGGUUCAAGAUUAUUCGGGUUUAUUGGUGCUGGUGCCACCCUUGGACAACUUUUUGGGUCAUUGUUUGCCAUUGGAAUGGCUUUUGUUGGCCCAUUCUUGCUUUUGUUUGCUGCGUUGUUGAUGGAACUUGCGGCACAAACAUCAAGAGGGAUAAAUCAUGUUACAUCUCAUGUUGAAGAACAAUUGUCUCCCAUUAGAAAAUCUGAUUCCAAAAAUGAAAACAAGACUGAUGAGAUUCAGAAGACUGAACAUACUCCAAGAGGAUUUCCAAAGUCAUCUACUUUAGUGAAGCUUCCGUUUUGGCCCAUACUUGAAGGACUCUGGCUUAUAUUGUCAUCAACCUACCUUUUGCAUGUGUCAUUGUUCAUCUGGCUGAGUGCAGUUGUCUCUUCAUUCUUCUAUUUUCAGAAAGUGAGCGUGAUUGCCACUACAGUUACCAGCUCUCUUGGAAGAAGAAAAUUGUUUGCCCAGAUAAAUAGCUUCAUUGCUGUUUUUAUUCUUGUUGGACAACUGUCCUUGACGGGACGCAUUCUUACUGUUGCUGGGGUGACUACAGCUAUAUGCUCAGCACCUUUCGUUGGCCUCUUAAAUUUAGUCGCUCUAGCUGUUUGGCCAAAAUGGGUGGUGGUUGCCAUUUGUGAGACGCUGAGAAAGGUUGUUACAUAUGUUGUGACAAGGCCUGGAAGAGAACUUUUGUUUACUGUUGUUUCAGAGGAUGAGAAGUAUAAAGCCAAAGUAUGCAUAGAUGUCUUGGUUCAAAGACUUGGAGAUGCUGCAGCAGCUGGAAUGUACAAAAUGCUUUUUGGUACUCUCAACGGGAACCCAUCAACAGUUCCCCUUUAUGGCCUCCCUGUUUGUUUGUUUUGGAUAGUUACAGCAUUCUCUUUGGGUCGUCGGCAAGUGCAACUUUCAAAGCACCAGAUCUCCUCUACUUAAUCAUAGAAUUUUAGAUUAAAUGUAAUAGAUUUUAAUUAUAAUAUUGGAUGCCGUGCUUCUAGUCGAGAAAGUCGAGCAUGAGAUAACAAGCUAACACGGGUAUGCUUUCCAAAUUUUUCAAACAAUUCCUUCGGUGUUGGCAAUUUGAGUAUGCAACCAAAUAUAAGAUUGACUUGGUGAAGGGAGAAAA